CCCGCGAUGGGACGCCGAUCACAACCGACAAAACCGCUACACGCGUUCUACGAUAAAUGAACUUAAACCCGUAUCUACGUAAUCUUACGAACAUUCCUAAGUAAUUUAUGUAAUCUGACAAAAUGACAUUUUUUAUACAUUUUUACUGUGUCGUAUGGAUAGCGUUAUUGACCGCUUGCUGCGGAACGACAGGUCGUGAGUUACCUAGUGGGCAGAAUGUUGUCUCAGUAGCACCUAUAGAAGUUCCAGAUGAAUCAAUGUACCCAAGAUUCGCGGAGCCCAUACCGAAUGUCACGGUCACUAUUGGCCGCGACGCUCUGUUGGCGUGCGUCGUUGAGAACCUGAGAGGUUUUAAGGUGGCAUGGGUGCGAAUGGACACCCAAACUAUUCUAAGUAUUCAUCACAAUAUAAUAACGCAGAAUUCUCGCAUCAGCCUGUCUUAUAACGACCACCGUUCGUGGUAUCUGCACAUUAAAAACGUUCAGGAGGUCGAUCGCGGUUGGUACAUGUGCCAGGUUAACACGGACCCGAUGCAUUUUAGAAAAGGCUACUUGCAAGUCGUAGUUCCACCAUCAAUCAUCGAUAAUAUGACGUCAACGGAUAUGGUGGUCCGGGAGAGUUCAGACGUGACCUUAGUUUGUCGUGCAUCCGGGUAUCCGGAGCCUUACGUCAUGUGGAGGAGGGAAGAUGGACAAGAUUUCACUUACAACGGAGAAUCAGUAAGUGUUGUUGACGGAGAAACGUUGACAAUAACGAAGGUGUCUCGAUUACAUAUGGGCGCCUACCUGUGCAUCGCCUCUAAUGGCGUGCCACCUUCAAUUAGCAAGAGGAUUAUGCUCAUGGUACAAUUUCCGCCGAUGCUUUCGAUUCCCAAUCAACUGGAAGGAGCAUACAUAGGUCAGGAUGUAACAUUAGAAUGCCACACAGAAGCGUAUCCAUCUUCAAUUAACUAUUGGACAACAGAUCGAGGGGACAUGAUCAUUUCUGAAAUGGAAAUUGUAGGUGGAAAAUACGAAGCGUUCCCGAUGGACAACGGUUACAGCAAAUUUAUGAUGCUUAAAAUACGAAACAUAACUAAGGAAGAUUUUGGAUUCUACAAAUGUAUUGCAAAGAAUUCACUAGGAGAGACCGAUGGCAUCAUUAAGCUGGAUGAAAUUCCAGCCCCGCCGUCAGCGUUUACAACACAAAGAACUGUGUUAGAUAAUCAAACAAUAAGGAAAAAAGGCGAUGCACAAAUGAUUCAAAACAGUGACGCAAUCACUUCAAAUUUUCAAGGGGAGGCUUAUGGAGAGCAAAUUAGGGACUUUGAUUUUGAUGACGACGACAGCGCAAGCAACGAUCUCCAUUCAAACAGCCUAUUAUUUACCCUAAUAGUUGGACUUGUAUUACUCAAAGUUUUUAGGCAAAGUAUACUUUCUUGAUAAAAACAAUUUUAUAAACUUCUGUGAGUAGUAAGAAUAUUUAAUUUUGUGAUGGUAAUUUAAAGUGUGAAGCUGUAAAAUAUUUUACAUUUCCAAGCCAUUGUUUUUUUUUUUAUAUUGUUGGAAUUAGUAUACGUUGAUAACAAAGUUAUUCUGCUGCUAUUCACGUAUAUUAUUUCACAAUUCACAUUUAAAUUACUUUUAGCACAACGUGAUAAUCUUCAAUUAUUUGCGUAAAUUGACAAUACUAUUUUCAAUAUAUCAAAUCUCAUUCUAGCAUUACCCAUAGGGUGUAAGACGAUUUUUGGAACGGAGUUUUUUAUUGCAAAGAUGGGGUAACGUACUCACAUUUCACUUGGCGUAAAGUGGUUACCGAGCACCAUAGUCGUACCGUAACCGGGUGUAGCUCACUGUAUGGAAUUAAUGGCUUUUUUGACGUGACAACGUCUUAAAAUUCGAUGGAGCCGGCUGCACGCACGAAAAAACAUGACUCAUUGA